AUGUCGGCUUGGCCACGCGGCAGCCGCGUCUUAGCCGUCCUCGCCACCAGCACGCAGCUGCUGGAAGAGACGGCGUCCGUGGACACCCAUUGCUCAGUCGGAGAAGAGGCGCUGGAGCAUCUUCAAAUCGGCAUCGUUGAGCAGAGAGCCCAGCUGGGACAGUUCCACCGGCCACUGAUGGAUAGACACAAUGGGGGUACUGGCGUCCUGAGCACCGCGUUCAAGCUGCAGAUCGAAAUGAUCAGAUCGAAUGGGGGACUAUGCCCACAGGACGUCUUCCCCUGUCCUGCAGAAGGAUUGCCAGCCAGGGUCGUGCCUGUGGAUCCCCCAUCGCCCUGCUGCCUGAGCCUGGAACGCAAGAGAUUGUUGCCAGGCAGACUUGGCUACAAUAUGCCGCCACUGCGGAAGAAUCUUGUAGCCUCGGCUCCGGCGAGUCUUGGCAUUGUCGCACUGCUCGCUUUCGAGGGAAAAACUGCACAAAUGCUCAAUCUCGUGACAAUCAGCCGCAGGCACCACAAGAAGACAGACAGAACGGGCGGCCAGGGAGAUGAGCUUGUUCCUUCGCUGCCAUGGUUGCCGCUGCUGCUGCUGCUGCUGAUUGCUGUUGUGCCAGCCGAGGAAGCCGGGUUUUGGGGCGGUUUAACCGGCGCAGGAGAGGCCAGCCCUCCCGCAUCUUUGGCUGGAGAACAGUUUCCCCAGAGUAUUGCCGACAUGCCCUUUACAACUGUCGCGGUUCCUGCUGUCCUGUGGCCAUGUAAUUGGCCAGGAGACAACACCGACAUGAGACAACGGCAGCCCGGGGGAAACCGCUAA